CCUUCCAAUCUUUAUAACCAUAUUUCUGUCUUCCCGCCUACCCACCUAAUCACUUACUUACCUACCUACCUACUGACCUAUACUACCUACCUCUUUAGAAACUUAUCCUUCCAAUUCAUAUUGCUAUAUUUCUGUCUUCCCACCUACCCACCUACUCACUUACCUAUCUAUCGACCUAUACUACCUACCUUGCUUGGCAUUUUAAAACCUUUUAACCAACUCAUCACUUAUAAUCUUGAAAAAUAGUAUAUCAUAAAAUUUGACAAUUCUUUAAAACCUAACAUUGGGCCAUCUGAAAUCUGGAAGCAUGCAUAAAUAAACAAAGUAUAAAUAGAGCUAUAGAAGGCUAUUUUUACCGUUCUGUCUAAGCUGUCUGAAACAGUUCCCUUCAUUAUCAAACAGAAAGUUUCCUUAUUUCUGUAUAUUGGCGAAUACCGACUACGCCUGCGGAUUGGAAAUAACGAGGCGGUGAGCAUAGAUACGCCUUUGCUUAUUUAGGGGGGGGGGGGUAUCUAUUAACAACAUUGAAGAUCCCCAAGGCGUGAUAAAUCUUCCGUUGAAAACAGAGGAUGCAUAGCAAUUAAGCGGAAGGUGAGCAAUUUCACACGCGCGGAAACGUAAGGUAUACCGUCGCGACAAAGUAGAUUUUGGUGCAUAUCGAUCAAUGCGUUUUCAUGACAUUUCAUGUCUACGUGUCCUAUAACACUUCGCGAUUGACGUGCGCUUGUUAUUUGGCCGGCAGAAAAUACCGCAAUGAUGGGGAAUUUCUGACUUACUGCCACAAAACAAUUAGAAUUUUUGAUUGCUCGCGGUACAUGAAUACGUCAAAUAAUACCCAUCAUUGCUUAAAUUAUUCGGAACCGGUUUUUUUCUGCAAGUUAUAUCAAGACGUUUCGUUAACCAAGUGCGAAACUGAAAAACGCAUGUCAGUGAACGUCUAAAUAAUUUGGUGCAUGAAUAUUCAACGCUUUACACAAUUCCUUCCUUGUGGAUCAGAUUUUGUCUCGACUCUUUACAGAUAGAAGAUUUGGGUCAUGUUAUCACUUUUGUUAAUCACAGCGCUGAGAAUCCGUGGCUCCUUCUACGGUCUGUUGUGGUUUUCAGUUCUGAUAUUCGUAACUCGUACAGAUACAGACACCAAUGAAAAUUACUCAAGUUGCACUCCCGCUUAUCCAAAGAUAAAUGAAAGUUUGGUAAAGAAUCACUGCCAUCCGUUUUACAUUAGGAAUCCUGUUUUCUGCAAACCCGAUGACAUUAGCUUUAAACUGCUUUUUGCCAGUUUAGAAAAGCAAAGAUACGUGGAAGAGGGUUUGGAGAACUUUAUUACAGGCAAAAGACUACUAGAAGGAGAUAAAAGACGUAAUUUUCGUGUGAAUCCAUCUUGUCUUCAAGUAUACAAGGAUGUUUUCUGUAAAUGGUCUUUUCCAAAGUGCGUCCUAACCGCCCAAAGACCCACCAAAAGAUCAAUCUGUCGAGAAACGUGUGAGGAUAUGUACAAGAUAUGUGACCGGGAGUAUAAAAUGUUACUUACCUUUAAUGAGUGCAGCAAAGUUAUCCGCUAUCGUUGGAAUCUUUUGAAUUGUAGCACUCUUCAGUACAGGAACGCCGGAGACAUCCGAGAAUGCUACCACAGCAGGAGGCUAAACAAUGAAACGGACAAGCUGUAUGCAAAAGAUUGUUAUUAUGGUAGUGGAAUGGGUUACCGUGGCAACGUGAGCGUAACAAGGUCAGGUCACGUGUGCCAGUCCUGGUCAUCUCAGUGUCCUCAUCGUCAUGAUCAUCCUUUGUCUGAGUAUCCAGAGCUGGUUAAUGCGUCGAACUGGUGUCGUAACCCUGGAGGUCAAGGACCCCAUGGACCUUGGUGCUACACCACUAAUAGUAGUAUGAGAUGGGAGUACUGUGAUGUAGAGAAAUGCCCUCCUCCAGCACCCACUCUUGCACCAGAAAUCACAGAAGCCUAUUCCAUUGGUCCAAGCAAAGUCAUCAUAAAGUGGAGUCCAGUCCCUUUACCAUUCAUGCACGGUGAGCCCCGUGGAUUUCGAAUCAACGUGUUCCGUUUCCGCCAAGUGUUAAGGARCAAUAGAACGGGUCCAAACACCACAACCUUUGAGUACAGAAACUUGCAGGCCUUGACAAACUACAGUAUAUCAGUACUGGCUUUCAAUGAUGCUGGGGAUGGACCUUACAGUCGUGUUUAUGUGAAGACGAUGCCUAAAAAUUUUGUAUCCGUCACAUAUCUAGUGACUCUGAGGCGAAAAGCUCUAAGUGUUGCAUUAAAAGAGCAUUUAAUAUUUUCCAAAGUCAAAAACAUGCUCUGGAAACUGUUUCAACAUCCAAGUGGCUAUAAUAUUUACAAAAUCAAGAUUACAGACUUUUGGAAAGGAAAAUUGAAGAUAGAGCUAAUGGUCACAGYAGAGCUUGAAUAUCUGCCUCCUUGGUCUGCUGUACAGGAUAUCACUGGACGUAUCUUACGAGGAACAAGAGAGGGCAAUAAGAUAAUUGAGUCAUUUCUUCUCAAAGGUCCGCCACCACCCCCAGAUCAUGUUAGAAACAUCGAUGUAAACAAGACGUCGGYGACUAUUGCAUGGACAGUACCGCUGUACCAUAAACUAUAUAAAAUUACUAACUUCUUAAUACGGUACAAGAAAGCAGGUACAAACUUAGGUUAUUACGAUGCUGGUAGUGUGAACCCUGACAAGACCAAAUUCACUGUCAAGAAUCUAGACGCGGGAAAGAAAUACCUGAUGCAGGUGGUGUCUGUUAAUGCUUAUGGUUUUGAUAAAGAAGCAAGUGAACCACUAGAGGUACAGCUCAAACGAGAGGUAACCAAGUCACCAUCAAUUUUGCCAAUUCUUCUACCUUUUGUUGUUAUAAUCCUCCUGAUAACUGGAAGUGGAGUUUUAUUUGGAAGAUGGUGGAUUGAGAAGCAACUCAAAAAUAAAGAAAUACAGGACAAACUUCAAAAGCUCAAGGAAAAUCCACAUGGUACAGCGGUGUGCUGGUUUGAUCUUCUUAAAAUCAAGAUCACUAAGCAAUGGUGGGAGAUACCACGUGAAGAAUUGGUACUUGACGAAAAGCUUGGAUCAGGUGCCUUUGGUGUCGUGAUGAAAGGGUAUUUAAAGAGAAGAGAGGAUAAUGACUGUACACGCAUGAUAUGUGCUGUCAAGAUGCUAAAAGACAAUUCAACAGAGCAAGAAUUGCGUGACCUGUGUAACGAAAUCAACAUCAUGUCAUCAGUUGGCGAUCAUCCUAACCUUGUCAGCUUGAUUGGAGCGUGUACGAUCGAUGGGCCCCCUCUGUUGGUACUGAAUUUCGCCCCAAAUGGGUGUCUUCUUGACUGCUUAAAAAACAGUCGCCCUGCACCUGAGUACAUGGUUCCAGGUUACCGUAACCCAAACCCAAUAUCUGUAAGGCAGCGAAUGAGCUUUGCAUACCAGAUUGCUCAGGGGAUGGCGCACUUGGAGCAACAUAGGUGUGUUCACCGGGACUUGGGAGCUCGCAACAUCUUGCUUGGUAAAAAUAUGGUUGCCAUGGUUUCUGAUUUUGGACUGUCACGUGACAUUUAUGAAACUGGAGUUUACGAGAACACUACAAAGGGUCUUCUUCCUGUUCGUUGGAUGGCCCUUGAGUCUCUCCUAGAUUACACCUACACCAGCAAGUCUGACGGUUGGUCAUAUGGAGUUGUGCUGUGGGAAAUUGAAUGCGGUGGUCUACUGCCGUAUGCUGGGAUGUCUGGUUCUGAAGUUAUCCAACGACUACAACAAGGAUACAGACUAGAGAGACCAAACAACACAUCACGUGACAUAUACGAGAUCAUGUGGCAUUGCUGGAACCCAGAUCCCGACCAAAGACCAACAUUUGCUGAUCUGGUCUACAAAAUUGGUGGUCUGAUAAAUCUCGGUGCCGCACUAUAGGAUACAAUCACCUCGAAAACAGUGCACCUGUAUACUUUGACGACCGAUGCAUCAUGUCACCCAUAUAAGUAUUCUUACAAUAUUUCCUGAGGUCUUCAGAUGAAGGUGGGAUACAAUAAAGGUAACGUAAACAUAAUAUAAGUUAGUUAAAGGUGUUAAUAACAAAAGCAUUAAUAUAAAUGUGUAAGGAUAUCAUAACAGUAAUUAUACUUAAGCACUCAAGUUAGUUAGGGUGCAUCUAGGAUUUUGAUUUGGGGGAUUACCUCGGAAACAUUAUCGUUACCAGAAUCUGCGCAAUUGUUAGCCAGCGGAGGGCAACGCGCCCCAUUUUAAAUCUUAUUGAUUCUGAAACAAAUUUACAUUCGACCACGGCAACACAGCAGUGGUUUAUGUGUGUAYCUUUUUCUCGCUUUUUAAAUGUUAGAAUAAAUGGCAUUUGUUAUACGGA